AUGGCGGCGGAGAAGCGGGAAACUGCAACGGCAGUAGUGACGGCGAUGAAGGCGCAGAGAUGGGUGGCGAAAGAGAUGAUGGCGACGCCGGCAAAGAAGACUGCGAAGGCAAUGGAUGCAACAUCAAUCGACGACCUGAACGUGCGACAGGUGGGGAGCUCAUGUUGCGAGGAGGGACACCCUCCGAUCAGACACAACGGUAUGUUUCGUAGAUAUAGGAAUGGCCUGCCGGGGGGGAACAACGCUUGA